GAGGGAAGGGACCGAUUGAGGGCCCCGGGAAGCCGGAGAGACUCGGGAGGCAAGGCAGGGAUACUCCCGAGCGCGGGCGAGGAGGCCUGGGGGCGGGGGCGCGGCGGGAGGAGGAGUAGGAGAAGACAAAAGCCGAAACCGAGCAGGGCCCGGGCCGCACACUCGGGCCGCCGGCGGAGGAGGCCGCAGUGCACGGGGCGUCCCGGGCGGCAGGCAGCAUGGGGAAAGGGGGGAACCAGGGCGGGGGGGCCACCGAGCGCGAGGCGCCGAUGCCCACCUUCAGCUGGGAGGAGAUUCAGAAGCACAACCUGCGCACGGACAAGUGGCUCGUCAUCGACCGCAAGGUCUACAACAUCACCAAAUGGUCCAGCCGGCACCCGGGUGGCCAGCGGGUCAUCGGGCACUACGCGGGGGAAGAUGCGACGGAUGCCUUCCGAGCCUUCCACCGUGACCUUGAUUUUGUACACAAGUUCAUGAAGCCUCUGCUGAUCGGAGAGCUGGCCCCGGAAGAGCCCGGCCAGGACCAUGGCAAGAAUUCCCAGAUCACGGAGGACUUCCGGGCCCUGAGGAAGACCGCCGAGGAUAUGAACCUGUUUAAGAGCAACCACCUGUUCUUCCUCCUCCUCCUGGCCCACAUCAUUGCCAUGGAGAGCAUCGCCUGGUUCACCAUCUUUUACUUUGGCAAUGGCUGGAUUCCAACCGUCAUCACGGCCUUUGUCCUUGCUACCUCUCAGGCCCAAGCUGGAUGGCUGCAACACGAUUAUGGCCACCUGUCAGUCUACAAGAAGUCCACAUGGAACCACUUCGUCCACAAGUUCAUCAUUGGCCACUUAAAGGGCGCCUCCGCCAACUGGUGGAACCAUCGUCACUUCCAGCAUCACGCCAAGCCCAACAUCUUCCACAAGGAUCCGGAUGUGAACAUGCUGCAUGUGUUUGUCCUGGGCGAAUGGCAGCCCAUUGAGUACGGCAAGAAGAAGCUGAAAUACCUACCUUACAAUCACCAGCACGAGUACUUCUUCCUGAUCGGGCCACCACUGCUCAUCCCUGUGUACUUCCAGUACCAGAUCAUCAUGACCAUGAUCGCACGCAGAGACUGGGUGGACUUGGCCUGGGCCGUCAGCUAUUAUGCUCGCUUCUUGCUCACCUACAGCCCUUUCUAUGGCAUCCUGGGGGCCGUCCUUUUCCUCAACUUCAUCAGGUACCUGAGCUUGAGACCUCAGCCCUCCCAGUGGGAGGCCACAGGCAGCCCCAGGGAGGCCCCACCGGGCGCACGGGGCAGCCAAGUUCUGGAGGCCGGGAAAUGGACCCGCACACGCUGUGGGGCCCCGGUGACCAGCUCCGCUGCCCUCACCUGGCUGCUGAACCAGUCACGCCCUCAUUCUCCCUUCCGCUCCUGGCCUCUCGCCCCCUCCCCUCUGCAGCUGGCUGCCACCUGCAACGUGGAACAGUCCUUGUUCAAUGACUGGUUCAGCGGGCACCUCAACUUCCAGAUCGAGCACCACCUCUUCCCCACCAUGCCCCGGCACAACUUCCACAAGGUGGCCCCGCUGGUGAAGUCUCUGUGCGCCAAGCACGGCAUUAAGUACCAGGAGAAGCCACUGCUGAGGGCCCUGCAGGACAUCAUCAGGUCCCUGAAGAAGUCCGGGCAGCUGUGGCUGGACGCGUACCUCCACAAAUGAAGCCUUUGGGGCGCCCGCGGGGAAGGGGGAGCAGGGGAGAGUGCUGGC